AUGAGCUUAUCCAGGGUCUUAGGGCGCUCAUUCCUGACAAAUGGAGCAUUAAUAAGACCCCUGCUAUGUCGGUCUCCGACAUUUGCUUUAGCCACUAGACGAGCGUUCUGUCAGCGGAAAUAUUACUCCACAAUUGGCAAAGACGCCGGAAAAGCUUCAGAUGCUGUUGAAGGGUCCUCUACAAAAGCUGGCGAAGCUGCAAAUUCCUCACCAGCAUCGCAUGCAGUUUUGGCCCAGAAGGAACAGCUGGCGAAUAAAGAUCUCAAUAAUCCAUUGGCUCAAGCUGACUUCUAUCAACUUCUGUUGAAGUCAGAGUAUCCUCAGUAUGUUGUGUCAAGGUUUGAAACUCCCGGUAUCGCUUCCUCUCCAGAGUGUGUUUCGCUCUAUGUAGAAGCCUUACAGAAAACGGGGAGGCAUGCUGACGCCGAAUCAAUUAGACAGUCGUUAUUGGGCGGGGCUGCUGCCUCGCAAGGCUCUAAUCCAUCACAGGGUUCCGAAUACGCACGUUACGCAUCGUCUGGAACUGGCACUCUUGGAUCUGCUGGCUACAACCCAUUCAUGGGAUCUCGUAAAGAGCCCUUGCAUGUAGUAGUCACAGAAUCCACAUUCACGAUAGUAUCUAGAUGGGUAAAGUGGUUGGUUGUGUUUGGCUUGGUUACUUAUGGUGUAUCUGAAGGUUUCAAAUACAUCACCGAAAAUACCACACUUUUGAAAUCAUCAGAGGUUGCCGACAAAUCCGUCGAUGUUGCCAAGACUAACGUCAAGUUCGACGACGUUCGUGGAUGUGAGGAAGCCCGUGCCGAAUUGGAAGAGAUUGUUGAUUUUUUGAAAGAUCCUACCAAAUACGAAUCUUUGGGCGGUAAACUUCCCAAAGGUGUUCUUUUGACGGGACCUCCAGGUACGGGUAAGACACUUUUGGCGAGGGCAACUGCUGGGGAAGCAGGUGUGGACUUCUUUUUCAUGUCAGGUUCCGAAUUCGAUGAGGUUUACGUGGGAGUAGGUGCUAAACGUAUACGUGAACUAUUCUCUCAGGCUCGCAGUCGAGCUCCGGCCAUUAUUUUCAUUGAUGAGCUGGAUGCUAUUGGAGGAAAACGUAACCCUAAGGACCAAGCUUAUGCUAAGCAAACUCUUAAUCAGUUAUUGGUUGAAUUGGAUGGUUUUUCGCAGACUAGUGGAAUCAUUGUCAUUGGAGCAACCAAUUUCCCCGAAUCCUUAGAUAAGGCUUUAACCAGACCAGGUAGAUUCGACAAAGUAGUCAAUGUUGAUUUACCGGAUGUACGUGGUCGUUCUGAUAUAUUGAGACACCAUAUGAAAAAGGUCACUCUGUCAUCAGAUGUAGACCCUUCUAUCAUUGCUAGAGGUACGCCUGGGUUAUCAGGUGCUGAGCUAAUGAACCUAGUGAAUCAAGCUGCUGUUUACGCUUGUCAACAGAAUGCAAUCGCGGUUGACAUGAGUCACUUUGAAUGGGCGAAAGACAAGAUCUUGAUGGGUGCCGAGCGGAAAACUAUGGUCUUGACUGAAGCAACUAGAAGAGCAACUGCUUUUCAUGAAGCCGGCCAUGCUAUUAUGGCCAUGUAUACCCAAGGCGCUACACCAUUAUACAAAGCUACCAUUUUGCCAAGAGGUAGAGCCUUAGGUAUUACAUUUCAACUACCAGAAAUGGAUAAAGUUGACAUCACAAAGAAAGAAUGUUUAGCACGUCUAGAUGUCUGUAUGGGGGGUAAAAUUGCUGAAGAGAUUGUUUACGGCAGAGAAAAUACGACAAGUGGCUGUGGAUCUGAUUUACAAAGUGCCACCAAUACUGCUAGAGCGAUGAUUACUCAGUAUGGUAUGAGCGAGCGUGUCGGUCCUGUGAACUUAGCAGACAAGUGGGAAAGCUGGUCUGGCAAGAUUCGCGACAUCGCUGACAAUGAAGUGGUGGAAGUCCUCAAAGCUUCUGAGGAGAGAACCAGAAAGCUACUCAAUGAAAGACACUCGGAACUGGAGAGGCUAGCACAAGGGCUGAUGGAGUAUGAAACAUUAGACUCCGCUGAGAUCGGACUUGUUUGUAAUGGAGAGUCACCUUCUAAGGCUAAAAUGAUGACAAAUAAGGUCGUUGAGGGACCCGACAGUGAUGACAGAAAGGAAAUCGGAGGAGACAAAUCUAAGAUUCCAGUUUUAAUUAAAGCGUGA